CACUGCUUAUGUCACUUUCUCUUUUCCGCGAAGAAACAAAUCCUAAUUUGCAAAGUCUGUCGAUUGGUUUCUUCUUCAUCUUCUUCUUUCCUCCGUUUACGAAUCUGUUCCAGGAGCAAUCAAUUCCUUCCCCACUCCUCUUCACUUUUUAAUCCCUCUUUAAUCCCAUUAAUGGGUACUUUUGGCUUUCUCCCUCUAGACUGGCUUCAUGCUCAGGAUGAUGUUCUUCCUCGCAGUUUCUUCUCCCCUGGCAGCGACACUGGCCGUCCAGAGAUUCUCAAGGACUUGGCUAGCGAGAGUGUGAAUGGAUCAUCAUCUGAUCGUAAUCCUGUCAGUGUUGCUGGAUUUGGGUCUUCUUUAAUAUUCACUGUUUUUUUUUUCUUUUUCCAGAACCAAAAACUAUAUGAAAAUUUGUUUUUAUGUUUUUUUUUCUAAGUCACUUUGAUCUGUUUUCUUGAAAAGGUUUAUGUCUUUGAACUCUCCUCUGAUUCGUGCCUAUGGUGGACUUCGGUUUGAUCCCAACGGAGAAGUUGGUGUUGAGUGGGAACAAUUUGGCGCCUUUUACUUUACAGUGCCACAGGUGGAGUUUGUUGAGUUUGGGUGAAACUCAAAGCUGGCUGCAACUGUUGCUUGGGAGGAUGAGCUCUCAUGGACGCUGCAAAACGCCAUUGAAUCACUUGAGGAGAUUAUGCUUCAGGUUUCUUCUCUAAUAGUGAGAUUAAGGAGAGAAUCACUAGGAGUUUCUGUUGUUAGCAAGAACCAUGUUCCUAGUGAAGGAGACUAUCACCCUUCUGUAGAUACUGCUCUGGAGAUUAUUAAAGCAGAAGAUUCACCACUAAGCAAGGUUGUACUUGCACGCAGCAGCAGAAUCAUUACGGAACGUUACUUAUUCUAGCUACGAGAGAGGGUAAUAAAUUCAGGAACUUGAUGAAUUAAAAGCCCUAUGUCGGAGGGAAAGUGAAUGGAAAAGAAAGUGACAGAGGACAAUGAAAUAGCCUGGAUACAGUCUCAAGCAGUGGUUCUCGACCUAAAGGUUCAGAAUGCAGAGCAGGAGUUACUGGCAACUGUGGCUGCACCAUGUCUUUUCUUCUGAUUAAAACGUGGAUAAGUAUGGCGAAUAGCAAGUACGAGUAUGUCAAGUCGUUUGAACUUGAAGAUGAAGUUAUGUUUCCUAACUUGAUCGUUGUCCGGAUCAAUGGUCGUGAUUUUUCUAGAUUUUCUCAGGUUUAUGAGUUUGAGAAGCCUAAUGAUGAAGCAGCCCUCAAUCUGAUGUAUUCAUGUUCUUCUGCCAUUUUGGAAGAGUAUCUUGAUAUCAUCUUUGCAUACGGAUCCAGUGAUGAAUACAAGUUCCAAUUUUCCACUUUGUUUCCUUUAUUUGUCUUAGCUUUGUAUUCAAGAAAACGUCAAGAUUCUACCAGAGACGAGCUAGGUACAUGCGAAUACAACUUAGAAGGAAGGACUCUGGCUAUAACAGUUACGAAAGUUUCAGUGAUUAGGGUGCAUACUCCAGAGACUGGAGAUUUAGAUGUUGAAGAAAACGCCAGCACACGUAAUUGUGACGAAGCACAGAGGAAAACAUGCUAAACUUGAGUAAUAGAGCAUUAACCACUCAUUUUAUAGAUUGCACUCAUGCGUAGGAGUACAACUUAUCUUUUCAAUUUGCAAGCAGAUGAGUUUAUUUAUCUACAAAUUUUAUAUGAUUUAUAAAUUAUUAAAAAUGUACAUUUAUAUAGUUAUAAACAUGAAGCCAGUCA